AUGCAGGGUAAGUGGAAUGGAUUACAAGCUUUGAUUUUGAAUGAUUGUCCAUAUGCUUACUACAUUCAUUGUUUUGCACAUCGCUUACAAUUGGCAUUAGUAGGAGCAUCAAAAGCAGUUGUCCCUCUUAAUAGAUUUUUCACUAAAUUGAUUUCGAUUAUCAAUAAUAUUCGUGCUUCAUGCAAACGUAUUGAGCAAUUAAAAAUUGCUAAAGCUUUUGACAUUGCAUAUUUUAUUGAUAUUGAAGAGCUUGAGACUGGGAAAGGACUUAAUCAGAUGGUCACUUUACAACGACCUGGAGAUACUCGUUGGGGUUCGCAUUAUGAAUCGGUUUCUAACUUGAUAAAGUUGUUUAGUCCAACAUGUGAAGUUCUAUUGAAAAUUAUAGAUGAAGGAAAUUCUUCACAAAAAGUAGAAGCAGAGUCCGCUUAUGAGGUAUUAAUUUCAUUUGAAUUUGUCUUCAUCUUGCAUUUUGUUAAUGAAACUAUGGGGAUCACGGAUAAACUUUGUCAAGCUUUGCAAAACCAAUCGCAAGACAUUUUAAAUGCUACGCAUUUAGUUUCAUCCACUAAAAAACUUAUUCAACAAUUUAGAGAUGAGAAAUGGAAUGACUUACUAGCUACUGUGAUAUCAUUUUGUAAGGAACGCGAUUUAGAUGUCUCUGAUAUGAAUGCUCGUUAUGUUGCAAGAUUUGGCCGAUCUCGUCAUCAACAAGAGGACUUUAGAAAUAAGCAUUAUUAUAAAGUAGAUAUUUUUAAUGCAGGAAUAGAUUCUCAAUUACAGGAACUAAAUCAUCGGUUUAGUGAGCAUGCCAUGGAGUUACUUACGCUUAGCUCAGCUCUAGACCCUCAAGAGGCAUAUGAAUCUUUUCGAGUCAGUGAUAUUUGUUCAUUGGUAAAUAAUUUUUAUCCAAUAGACUUCACAGAUGAUGAAAAGAAUAAUUUGGAAAAGGAACUUGAUCUUUAUAAGUAUGAUGUAGUUCAGCAUUCAGGGUUCAAGAAUUUGAAAAAUAUUUCUAAAUUGUGCCAAUGGAUGGUGAGAACUAGAAAAUCAGAAUACUAUCCGCUUAUUUAUAGAGUGGUCAAACUUGUGCUUACUCUUCCCGUUUCUACUGCAACUACAGAGCGAACAUUUUCAGCUAUGAAUGUCAUCAAAACUUACCUUCGCAACAAAAUGGAAAAUAAGUUUUUGUCAGAUGCUAUGAUGUUAUUCAUCGAAAGGGACAUUGCUGCAACAAUUAGUACGGAUUCAAUCAGAGAUGAUUUCGAAGAUUAA